AUGGGGGGCGAUAUUAGCGACUCGGAGACACACACAAAUAUCGUUAGCCGACUACGGCCCGAUCUCCUUCAGGCGACCGAAAAGGACGAUGUCAAUUUGUUAUGCAAGAUCAUCACACAGGCUCGUGAAAACGGCUAUUUCAGCGAUGAACUCCUACAUCUCGCGCUCAUGCGCAGUAUUAAGCGCGGCUGUGUUGCAGCCUUGGAAUAUUUCCUUCAGAUCGGCGCUGACCCCAACGCGUCUUCUUCCAGCAAGGGGCCAUUGUCACUAUUUUCUGCCAUCCAUAGAGGAAACGACAGGGCUGUUCGUCUUCUUUUGGACUAUGGUGCUUCGCCGAACAUCUUCGAUCAGGAAGGGCGCACGCCGCUGAUGACGGCCGCAUGGAAAAACGAGGUGACCAUACUAAGUUUAUUGAUUAGCCGUGGCGCAAAUAUCAACGCAACGGAUGAAAGAAAAAGAAAUGUUCUGCAUCAUCUUGCAGCGGAUCAGGAAUUUCGCUGGGGUUGGGAGGAAAAUGUCGUGCUAGUAUUAUUACAAAACCAUUGCAAGGCUGAUGAACAGGACGAGCUUGGUCGAACCCCUCUACACUGGGCAUGCGAACGUGGCCAUUAUUGUUUGGUGAACUUGCUGCUCAAUGGGCCCGGCGGACCUUACGUCAAUAUUCAUGCCACGGAGCUCCGGGGGAAAACGGCGCUUCAUCUAAGCGCAAUUCGAGGUCAGGUCGAUGUUUUGGAGCUUCUCUUGAAAAAUGGUGCUUCUGUGGUAGCAGUCAGCGAUGGUAAUUGGACUCCUCUUCACAAUGCCUGUUAUCAUGGGUCUGUGGCCAUUGUGCGCAGUCUACUGCAUUGUGGUGCCCCUAUCAACAGCCAGCUCCUGAAUGGAGUCACUCCUUUACAUCUUGCAGCACAGGCUGGGCAUCUUGAAGUGGUUAGGUGUCUUCUGGAGCGGCCAGACCUGAAGUACUAUGCCUACGACAAUUUUGGAGGUACACCCUUCAUGCGAGCGGCCCAAUCCAAGCACAAUGAUAUUCUACAUCUGCUAGCUCCGUCUAACAAUUUCAAGAAACUUUCCGAUGAUCAGCAGGCAGCUUGUAUGGAAUUUGACGCCACAAUCAUGGAUUAUGGGGUUGAAGGGACAAUCAGAUUCCGAAAAAGUUCCAUUUUCAGUCUUCUAUAUCGAGAAGAUCCAGAUGAUUCUUCCGGUCAGGCAAUGAGAGUCACACCGUCCAGUGAGAGCAUCUCGUUUCGCUGGAUUCAUCUUCCGGCAAAUAAUAUGGCCUGGGUUGAGACUCUCUUUACAAAGGUCUUUAUCGAAAGGGAUACAUAUAAUUUUCAGGAAUUUGGGAGCCUUAUGAAGUCCUUGAACUUUGAACGUCACCAUCACUCCCAGAUCAUGCUGCCUCUGAGUCAAAUAUCCCAUGGCGUAGCAAAGGACUCGGAGACUUCCACGAAUUCUCACAUUGGUUUCUUCUUGCCUUAUCUGCACUUUGAUACUGCAGAACGAGUGCAAAAGAUGCAGAUGGCAAUUAAACAUGCCAAAUCCUCCAAGUCACGAUUGCCAGACUUGAAGAAGACUCGCACUCAUGAUGAGCUGCUCAUGGAGGCUCAUAUUUCUACCCCAGCGACGCCGCUGCAUCCACGCCAAACUUUGGAUCAAUAUUUUUACCCCCAUACCAACACCGAAAGGCGUGAUCAAGAUCAAGUAGUCUAUCGAUAUCAGACAAGGAGCCCUGGCCGGAAGGUUCUACGAGAUGUGGAACCCAAGCUCAUCAUGGUGGAUCGUAUGUGGAUGUGGAUUCUUGGGGAAGAUCUCCUUAUUACCUGUUUCCCCAAGCGAUGGGAUCAGCCCAAACAUGAUCCCUCGAAUCUUCAGGAAACAAUAAUUGAGGGCUUAUUCUCAGCCAGUUCAUGGCCGGUUGAGUCCGUAUAUGAUUUGGCAGCACACGUCACCGAUAAAUGUCUGGGCCUCUUUGAUAGUGAAAAUCUGAGCCAUGCAGAGUAUCAAUUUUUCGACAUGUUCGAGUCUUCUAUCAACCUGGUCAAUGAUCGAGAAGUCGUUUUCUUUUCUGAUUUCUACCAGUCAUCCAAGGAAGCUUCAAACUGGCUGAAGAACCAGCGGAGGCCGAGUCCGUUGUCUCGAAUCCAGUCCCUAUCCCAGAGUGAUCCUCUAGAGGACAACUCAAAUAUCGAUGGGAAUAACGAUCCAAUGUUGUCUCGGAGCUCGCCGCACUUUGUGGAUCGGAUGUUAGAUAUUGGUGAGGAAACCGAUAUGCUCGCAGAAGUCAAAGACAUUCGUGAUGAAUUGAAUAUAAUCCGCCACUUGCUUGAACACCAAACUCAGAUUUUGUCCCGCUUCCAACAAAAAAUCAAGUCGGUCAACCGUACUAGCUCGUCACAAACCGUCUUCAAUGACUGCCUCGAAAACCGCCAGCUUAGGAUCGAAUUAAGACUGCAGUAUGUGAAUCGCAUGGAUCAGCAGGCGGAACGGGUCUACCUUUCGAUGGUACACUUGCUCGAUUUGAAACAGAAGCAAGCGAAUGCAUUCGAGGCUCGAUUUGCCCGGGAUCAAGCUGAGGGCACGGCUCGCCAAGGCAAGAUCCUCAUGGUAUUCACUAUGGUCACAAUUGUCUUCUUGCCCUUGUCCUUCUUGACUUCAUUUUUCGCUAUCAACAUGCGGGAAUUUUCAGACUUGAGCAUCGGCUUCGUCUCCAAAUGGACCUUUGGAAUUGGAUUUGCAAUUUCAAUUCCUCUGAUUCUCAUUGCGAUAUCCGUAGAUAAUAUCGGAUUCUUCUUCGGUGAGAUGCGACAUUUGUGGGGGUCUUCUCAUCGAGAGAGGCCGACGUCAUGCGAGUUAUUGGUUGGGGAGUCAGAAAUGGGGGAUCCUGAAACGCGAAUGGACAGUGGAAAGUUUUUUCCGAGCCCCAAGGCUAGCGGACGUUCGAGCUUGCUUCCUCUCUACCGCGGCUCGAUUCGCCCGAAGCCCCAGUCAGAUGGAAAUUAA